AUGGAUAAGAAUAACAACAAGAAACAAGAUCGAAGUUCCUCAGUAAAGAAGCCUGCCAUAGCGAAGAAUUCUUUGAAAGAACUAGAGAAGAAAAGAAGACAAGUGUUCAAACCCAUUCUAGAUAAUCCUUUUACCCAAUCCAGUCAAUGGCCAUUUGUAUCACCAGACAUUGCAUCCCAAAUUAUAGACCAUCUAAGCUUCCUAUUAUCUUCAGUAGGCAAGCACAAUGAAUUAAAGAAACAGCAAAAGUCACUUGCUGGAGAUGGACCUCAAAUUUCAAAACAAAUAGUAGUUGGGUUCAAUGCUGUUGUGAGUGCUCUCGAAAGUCAAGCUCAGGUCCAUAAAUCUAUAUCUAACAUAUCACCAGAUUCAAAUCAAGAUUCCCAAUAUAUCAAGUAUAUAUUUGUUACAAAGAAUGAUAUAUCUCCUCCCAUCAUUAUAAGUUCAUUUCCAGUAUUAGCUUAUACAUCAUCCAGAAGUGAAUCCGACAGAGUCAAAUUAAUACAAUUACCAAAAGGAACCAUGGAAAAGCUUUCGAGCAUACUAAGUAUACCAAAUACAGGGAUAUUAGGAAUGGCAAAGAAGAUCCCUGAAGCUUUCAAUUUGUUCAAAUUGAUAGACGAACAUAUUUCAGAUGUGGAUAUUCCUUGGUUACAUGGCUUAUUUGAUAGGAAAUCAUCUCCAUUUCUUCCUCCAGUGAUCAAUUUUCUAUCUACUAGUGCUCCAAUCUUGCCAAAGAAGAAUGAUCAGAAGAAAAAGGCCAAAGCUAAUAAUGAUUAA